AUGAUGAUGAUGACGAUAACUCCUAGGAACAAGGCCUUGACUUUUAUUGCAUCUCGUGAUUUCUCGCCCAUUGAUUGUUUGACCUUUUUUCCAUUCUUCAGUGAUUCAUAUCGAUGGAAUCAUCAGGAAAUUACCGAAAAUUAUCCAGCAUUCUUUAAAAACCUAUUGAAAAUUCAAGUAUUUUCAUGCAUGCACUAA